UCACUUCCUGUAAAAUAAUGCUCAACAGAAACAGCUACAUGUGAAACGCUGACAAAAACCCGGGCGCUGCUGUAGGGGAGAGGAAGAAAAUGGACGACUUCUCGACCUCUCUAGAAGAAUUUUUCUCAAUGAAUGAGAUAGUCUAAAAGCUUUGUGUCUGCAUAAGAGCCCUGGGAGCUGCCAUGGACCUCCUGGACUUCAGCAGAAUACGACACUUCCAAGAGAGAGAGUUUGACAGAAAAGUUGACUAUCGAGCUGAGAAACGCGAGUAUUUACGUGGACGCAACAAUGUGACCUCUUGUCGAAGCCCUACGAGAGAGCUCGACACGAGACAGAUCAAGAAGCAGCUAAAGGAAAAGAGGCAGUUGGAGUUUCUGAGGAGGAGAUCAGUGAGCCCGGAGCCCCGCAGCUCGGGGUGCAUUAUCUGUUCCACGGAUGUAGAUUAUCUUUCAGAGUUGCAUCAACACAGACAUUAUAGAUCGAGGAGUAAAUCUGAGAAACUGGUCACAAAAACACAAAGGUUCCCCUCUGCUGAUGGACAUGAAGAAAUGAUUCUAACACCAGAGAGUAGGAUAAGUGAUUAUCCAAGCACCAGUAAAUGGGCUUUACUUUGGUCAGAAUCAACAAUAGUGACAAAACAGGAGAAACAGGAGAAAGGUCAGGCAAGGAAACAGACAUCUACUUCCGCAACAGAAUCCACCCAGCACUGGACAAAAACACAAAACACAAGCACCAAAACAUUGAAUUAUACAGCAACGAUUCACCAGAAAUCAUCAGUACAAACUAAAAAAAAGACACUUCAAGAGAUCAGUGUACAAACAGAGUCUGGGUUUGUCACAGUCAAAGAAUCAGAUGUUCAGAGAUUAUCAGACUACUUGCAGGAAGCCCUGUGGAGAGAGGAGACACUGAAGAAGAAGCUAGCAGUCCUGACAGAGAUCUCCAAAAACCUUGUGAACUCAUCAGACGUGUUAUGGACAUCUCGCUGCAGUGAGGACUUGCUGAGAAACAAGAUCAAGGUUCUGGAGUCGCAGCUGCAAGUCUGCCUGCAGAAGUUUCCCAAAGAUGGAGUGAAGAAAGUGAUGCUACAGAUGGAGAAGCAGAGGGGACUGUAUGAGGAAAAGGCCUUGGUUGCUCUGCAGAAGGCCACUCAGGAGAAAACUGAUGCUCGCUGCCAGGCUGAGACACUGCAGGAAGCUCUCAUUACAGCCCAAGCAGAGGCACUGAAGUGGCAGAGCCUUUACAAAGAGCUGAUGCUAAGCUCGGGAAUGCUCAGAGAGAAUCAGCACCUCAGCAAUGACCAGCUACAGCAGCUACACAGUGAAGUCGAGCUUUCCAGAGCCAGAGAGGUGGAACUGAGGAUGGAGGUGGCAUCGCUGAGACAAGAAAAGCAGGAGCUUCAGUACAACAUCUGCCUGCUGGAGGAGGACAACCAAACUUUAAGAGAGGAAAUCCAGAACUUUCAAGAUGGUGGCGAUGAGAGCCAGAACUUCUUUAUUCAGGAGCGUAACACGGCAGACAAUGCAGAAAUACAACUGACCAUCAGCAGGAACUGUCAAGUGGAGGAGGAGCUCCGACUUACUCAGGAGAAACUUCAGCUUAAAGAGAAAGAGUGUGAGGAUCUGCAGACGGAGCUGCACGCUAUGGAGCAGGAGUGUCAGUCCAGCCAGGUCCGACUGUCGCAGUGCAGAGACGAGCUCCGGCAGCUCAGCCACCGCCACAGGAAACCAACGCUGUGCGGGACUUGGUGGAGGGUUUGUCUAUUCUUCCUCCUGCUCCUCGCUGUGGUAGGGGUUGCCAUACUGUGGUCGUGGCAUCCACCUUUCAGAGAGCAAGUAGAAGUCCUGUGUGCAGACAUAGAGGCAAGAAUAGAAGACUAUCUCAUGCAAAUGGCCUCUUCUCAACACUCCGGCUGUUUUAGACCAAUAUGACAAUACUGUUUUACAGUUGUUGUCCUUUUCUACUGUUGUAGUUUAGUUUUAGUUUUAAAACUUUUAGUAUAAAUGUUCGUGGUUCAUGUGGUAGUUUGCAGACUGGAACUCAAAGUUUGUGUCAAGUGUUGAAAAUGUGGAGAAUGUACAGUACGUUUGUGCAGAACGUUAAAAUACGGCUGUUUAAAAUGAUCUCAAGCUGUUUACAGCUCACAAACAAGGCCUUUUCAGAAACUGUGGGUCUAAACAUGAGAUUAGUGCAAGAACAGGGAACAUCUUAUGUACUGUAAAGGGACUGUGUUGCCAGAAGUACAACCUCAAAUAAUAAGAAACCCAUUCAUUUCUAUAAUUUGUAAACAAAAACAUAAAGAAAGACUGACUCUUUUGCCUUGCAUUUUUUUCAAACCUAAAAAACUCCUGGAUCUAUUAAAGUUAAAUAAAAACAUUAAUCAGU